AUGAAAUCUUUGGACUUUUUAUUCUUCAUUUUAUCUUGGGCAUCGCUGGAAGCCAAGCAAUCCAUUAGUUACGAAAGUUUGGUGCCAGAUUUUGAAGGUAAAAAUAUAGUCAUCAUUUAUGUAGCAGAUUAACCUCAUUUUGUACAAAAUCUUUUUCAAUUUUAGUCAUCUUCGAAGAUAAAGCGCCCGAUUAUGCGAAAGGAUUGACUUCCAAUGAAAAGGAAUUAUUCCUGAGGAGUAGUAAAGUAGACGCCUCCACGAUCGAACUCCUGGAGGCCAUAAAAGAACCUCACGGAUACGCAAGGACAAUGGAAUUGGCCAAUGAAAUACUCCGGAGCAAAGGGUUCUCCGAGAAUAUUGUCCAACUCUACUACAAUGUAAGUAAUCAAGAAAGGAAAAGAAAGCAGAAUUAAUCAAUCUUCCACAUGAGAUUUGCAGAUAUUCGUGUUGAUGCCUCGGCUGGGGGAAUUUUUGAAUCCGCAGAAGUCUGGAGGAAUGAGAAGGGCCCUCCAGGAAGCCGCUCAAUUAUUCCACCGAUUCUCCUCCGCCGACCGCCGGCGUCUUCUGGAGGCUAAUGGAGAUUUGGUGGAGAUGUUGGAAGGUGAGAUCCCUCUUUUUUUAUCUCUCUUCUUUUCAAUUUUUAUCCAUCCCUUUUCUUCCUUCUUUAACUUGACCGAUCCUUCCAGAAAUCUUCCGUUUGAAUGUCGCGGAAUCCGUCGAUGAAGUCAUCUUCGAAAAGAUGUUCGCUUUGCUGAUUCGACCGAAAUAUCAACGGGAUUUCUUUGAGAGGGUGGUCAAACCAGAGCUCAAGACCGUGUAA